AUGGAAAAUGGGGCUGAGCUCAUUGCCCAAGGUGGCAUCCAUGGUUCUGCGCUGCAAGCGGCAAUACUAUGCGGGGGACGCAAAACGCGGAGCAGAGCCAUUGUUGGGGACUAUGGGAGCGCCCUGCAAGCCGCCAUCUCAAUCGGCGAUACAGGACUCGUAAAACGGCUGGUCAAUCACGGAGCUGACGUGAACGCAAAUCCGGGGCAGUACGGGACUGCUCUGCAGGCUACGUGUUACGGCAGAGAUGCGGGCCUCGCGAAGACACUAUUGAACAUCAGCGCAGAUAGCAACGCCGCUGAGAUCAUUCUUCUGCUGCUGGAGAACGGCGCUGAUAUCAACCAGGCAGGUGGGCUGUAUGGCAGCGCUUUACAAGCAGCGUCUGCCAGCCCCGGAGCAACAGCGGUCCAUAUCUUGGUGAGGCAUGGCGCGAAUCUCCACGUCAAAGGUGGUUUGUAUGGCAACGCCUUACGCGCCGCCGUAUUCUGGAACAGGAAGCCUAUUGUGAAGCUCUUCUUGGAAAGGGGAGCCGACCCAAACGCCAUCGUGGGCGCGAACCGGAUUAUGGAAGCACCAUAUGGCAACACUCUGUACGUAGCUUGUGGCAGAGGCAAGCUUAGCAUUGUCACAGCUUUGCUGGACCGCGGAGCAGACUUGAACGCGCAGCAGCUGUGGGCAGGUAAAGCUCUCGGAGCUGCCAUAACGGAACUUCAUCGAGAAGUGGUAGAGCUAUUGCUGGAAAAAGGCGCGGAUCUGGACCUGUUGGAUCGGCAAUCCGGGGGCAGAUUUGUAGUUGAAGAUGGGAACAAUAUAAUGGCAAAAAUGCUUCCGGAAAAGAGGAGGAAAAAUAAGUCGACGGGCUGA